GGGGACCUCGAGGGAGUGCGGAGGCUCCUGGACGCGGGCGCGGAUCCCAACGGGACCAACUCCUUUGGGAGGACCCCGCUCCAG